GCCCCGCCUCCCGCGCUCACGGCACCGGGCGCGGGGCUGCUGGCAGCUAGGGGCCCGCGGGAACCAUGCUCCGGGGGCUGGCGGGCGCCUGGGCCGUGCUCGGCCCGCUGCUCUGGGGCUGCGGGCUGGCGCUGCUGCAGGGCGGGAUGCUCUACCCCCGGGAGAGCCGGUCGCGGGAGCGCAAGGAACUGGACGGCCUCUGGAGGUUCCGCGCCGACUUCUCCCAGAACCGGCGCCAGGGCUUCGAGCAGCAGUGGUACCGGACGCCGCUGCGGGAGUCGGGCCCCAGCCUGGACAUGCCGGUUCCCUCCAGCUUCAAUGACGUAGGCCAGGAUGGGCGGCUGCGGAGCUUCGUUGGCUGGGUGUGGUAUGAACGGGAGGCCACCCUGCCCCAGCGAUGGACCGAGGACCUGGGCACAAGAGUGGUGCUGAGGAUCGGCAGCGCCCACUACUACGCCAUCGUGUGGGUGAAUGGGGUCCAUGUGGCAGAGCACGAGGGGGGCCAUCUCCCCUUCGAGGCUGACAUCAGCAAGCUGGUCCAGAGUGGGCCCCUGUCCUCCUGCCGCAUUACCAUCGCCAUCAACAACACGCUCUCCCCCCACACCCUGCCGCCAGGGACCAUCCUCUACAAGACGGACACCUCCAAGUACCCCAAGGGUUACUUUGUCCAGAACACAAACUUUGACUUCUUCAAUUACGCGGGACUGCAUCGGACUGUGCUCCUCUACACCACGCCUACCACCUACAUCGAUGACAUCACCGUCACCACCGACGUGGACCAAGACACUGGGCUGGUGAAUUACCAGAUCGUCGUCCAGGGCAGUGAGCACUUCCAGCUUGAAGUGUGUCUCCUGGAUGAGGAAGGCAGGGUCGUGGCCAAGGGGACAGGGGGCCGGGGCCAGCUGCGGGUGCCCAGUGCCCACCUCUGGUGGCCGUACCUGAUGCACGAGCACCCUGCCUACCUGUACUCGUUGGAGGUGAAGCUGACCGCACAGACGGCUGCUGGGUUUGUGUCUGACUUCUACACCCUCCCCGUGGGGAUCCGCACUGUGGCUGUCACAGAGAGCCAGUUCCGCAUCAACGGGAAGCCUUUCUAUUUCCACGGGGUCAACAAGCAUGAGGAUGCAGACAUCCGAGGGAAGGGCUUUGACUGGCCGCUGCUGGUGAAGGACUUCAACCUGCUGCACUGGCUGGGUGCCAAUGCCUUCCGCACUAGCCACUACCCCUACGCAGAGGAGGUGAUGCAGCUCUGUGACCGCUAUGGGAUCGUGGUCAUCGACGAGAGUCCCGGCGUGGGCAUCGUGCUGGCCCAGAGCUUCAGCAACGUGUCUCUGCAGCACCACCUGGAGGUGAUGGAGGAGAUGGUCCGCAGGGACAAGAAUCACCCGGCUGUUGUGAUGUGGUCUGUGGCCAACGAGCCUGCUUCCUUCCUGAAGCCGGCUGGUUACUACUUUAAGACGCUGAUUGCCCACACCAAAGCCUUGGACCCCUCCCGGCCCGUGACCUUUGUGACCAACUCCAACUAUGAAGCAGACCUGGCGGUGCCGUAUGUGGACGUCAUCUGUGUGAACAGUUACUACUCCUGGUAUCAUGACUACGGGCACAUGGAGGUGAUUCAGCUGCAGCUGGCAACCCAGUUUGAGAGCUGGUAUAAGACCUACCAGAAGCCAAUUAUUCAGAGCGAGUACGGAGCAGAAACCAUCACAGGGUUUCACGAGGAUCCACCUCUGAUGUUCAGUGAAGAGUACCAGAAAGGCCUGCUUGAGCAGUAUCACGUGGUUCUGGAUCAGAAGCGAAAAGAAUAUGUGGUUGGAGAGCUCAUCUGGAAUUUUGCUGAUUUUAUGACUGACCAGUCACCACAGAGGGCGAUAGGCAAUAGAAAAGGGAUCUUCACUCGUCAGAGACAACCGAAAAGUGCAGCAUUCCUGUUGCGAGAGAGAUACUGGAAACUUGCCAAUGAAACCAAGUACCACGGGUCAGCUGUGAAGUCACAGUGUGUGGGAAACAGCCCGUUUACUUUUUAAGCAAGAACUACCUCUCUGCCGACACGGGCUCUGUCAGCCCCUCCUUCCCAAGCAGGGGGCGACUUCCACAGGACACAGAGCAAGCGCUUCCUGGACUGUGCAUGGCAGACCGGGAAGUUUCUGGUCUGGAUUUUGUGGUCAUUUGCUAGAAGGGAACGUUAGAGGUGAAAAUAAAGGCUUCUGGAGUAUGAGAAUAAAGAGUUGGCUUAAAAGUGACCAUCCAUAAAUUCAGUGAUCUGUACCGCUGAAGCAUCUGAAAUUGUUCUUCUGUGUCAGGCUGUUUUCAUGGCCUUAACCGAGUACGGAGUCUUGAGAAACCUCUGCUUCAGCACUCGCCACAAUCAGAGUCGCUGGAUACAGACUGUGUGCUGCCACAGGAACAGCCCUACCGCUUUAGGGCCACCUGUGCUCAGGUGCCACCUGUGCUUUAGGCCAGCCUUGACUUGAGUGGGUGACAGUAAAAGACAAGUGCUAGUAACUCCACAGAUAAGCCAAAGUCCCAGCAAAUUCACAGAAAGUAGUAUCAUGCUGGAAUAAUGCACAAGGUCGAGGUACCAGUGUCCAGAGUUAAGCUGACAUGUAAGCAUAAGAAAGGUAAGAGUUGAGGAAUGUCAGAAUUGGAAGGGAGCUGAGAGGUUACCAGUUCUUCUGGGACGUUCUUCCAACCUCAGCCAUAGUUUUUUCUGGACUGAGAGGGACAGAUGGGCGUAGAAGCCCACUGGGCCAUCACAGCUGAUUCCAGUGAAUGUGAUAAGGCCUCUUUAAACGGGCUGGGCCUGCAGACAAGUAGGACAGGCUUUUGUACCUCUGGGUGACGCCACCCGCUCUGCUCCUGAGGAUGGUCUUUCCUUAUGGAAUCUUUCCUCCUCCUCCUCUUCCACAGGCUCCAUUAAGGCAAAUAAGGCACACUUUGUAAGAGUUCAGUGUUCACCUAUCUUGGUUUAAAGCUGAAAGCUUUGGAAAAAUACUGUCCAAUCAAAUAGAAGACCAUGAAACAAUACAAUUCUUAAUACAGAGCUUGAUCUACUUCACUUGCGGGGGAUUUCACAUCUCAACACAUGCCCUUUUUUACUCUUCCUUUCCAAGCUCCAUGAAAGAAACAGUACAGAUAAUUUAACCUCAUUUUAGUGGCCAUCUUUAGACCAUUUUUAAGAAAUGAGAGUGUAGUCAGUUCAAAUAAUAAGUUAGGAAUUCUAGUGGUUACAUAUUUCUUUCAUUACCACUAAACUUAAGUCCCUUGAAGUAAUCAAGUUUUGUGUUCCAGUUUAAUGUCAAGGAAUAAUAUAUAAAACUCUUUACUUGACAGACAUUAAAAAAAAAUUAAACAUCACAAACACACUUAAAUGUUUUACAAAUUAGAGGUAAGGUCCAUUUCUUAAGUCCUAAGGUUCUAACACAGGGCACAUUUGUUCUAUUCAAUAAAAUAUGGCUAACUGCAUUUCAAAUGGAAUCAUCUUUCUUACAGAUGUUAACUUUUUAGAAGUUUAUAACAGUGGAGUGUUCGAGGUGAGCUAAAGUAAAGCAGUGGAAAAACAGCUGAUUAAUACAUUCUAUGUGCUUACAGAACUGUAAGCAGUAACAUCUUUUUCAUUAAUUCUCGACAACCACAUACAUCAUAAAUCAACAGGAAUUCCAAGAACUAGACUCUCUGAGAAUUCUGCUGUGUCUCCUCUAAGUUACAUAUAAUUUAAGAGAAGAAGAAUCAACUCAGUACACCUGUAGAAAUGAAGCUACAGAAACAAUUUCAAGAAUAAUUUAUAAGACUGAAUUCAUUUCUGUUGCUUUUUUGAAAUGCAAUACUGCAGUAUAAGAAUGAGGGCAGCACAACUUCCACAGGUAACUUCUACAUUUAUUUUAUACCAAAAAGUUAUGUGCAACAAAUAAACAUUCUUACAUAUUUACAUUUGUUUUUACCAGUUAGCAAAACUGUGUCCUAAAUCUCUGAUAAAGAAUAUUUCUAUCUAUAUUAAAGGGGAAAUCUGCCCAGUGAACUCCAUUUUAAAUGAAUGUUUACUCUGGAGCUUAAAGCACUAGUAAUAAAUAUUUUUGAUGGAACGUACUAUACAGAUCAUACACCUAAUACUUAGGCCAUGCUUAAUAGUUUUAUAACAAAACAUUUCACCUUUUCUGGGCUAAUUUGUCGAAAAAAAUGUUUAACCAAGUAGCCUGGACGCCUACCCCCGCCCCCUUUGAUUUAUUGAAGGGUAGCUCUCACAAAUUAGGAAUCAUAAGUGCUGCCUAAAAUAUCUGAAUAGAAAUGUUUCACCAGUGCUUGCCUGUUGGGGAGAAAUACACGAGGACAAAGACUGAAUAUUAGGUAUUCCUUCCCAAAUAGGUUACCAAAAAUGAUAGUGGGCUUCUUGUUGGCAUUUGUUCAGUACUGAUUUUUCAGGAAAAGAUCUGUCAGCAUUCAUUGGUGUCAAGCUUUGCUGAAGACAACUUUGCACUUUUGCUGAUAGUCUUAAAAAUAAAUGAAAUACAAGAAAAGUAAAGCCAACUAACAGUUUUAAUUUCACUGUAGUCUUGGUCCUGUAUCCUACCUAGUAGGUCCAAGGAUCUCUUGUACCAAAUGAUAGAUCUUUGUCUCUUUGUAAGAAAAUAGUCAAUGCUUUCAACAUCCUUAGAAGUAAUGGAUUUAAGGAGAGGCUCUAUACAUCAACUAAAGUAAUUCCUGGCACACAGCUAGUUAAACCUGAGUUAUUCACCAGACGUUUACCCUCACUGAUAGCAACUAGCUGCAGUGAAAAAUACCAAACCCUCCAAACCACCUAGAUUCCCUAGAAUCUAUCAUCUAACCACAACUUCUCUUAUUUCUUCAAAUGAUAGGACUGUCAAGUAGAUAAGAGGCUUCAUUGUUACAAAUCAUUUUGAAAACCAAGAAGCAGAAAUUCAAUUUCUUCCCUAAUCUGUUCUUCCACAUUGGUGGCUAAUAAUGUUGCAGUGUUUAAAUAUUCUGUCUAAAAUAGUCAAAAUAGCCCUCAGAUUUUAUAACAUGGGGUUUUCUCCCUCUUCUGGGAUGUAACUGAGGAUGUAGAGGGAAGCCUAAAUUCUUCCCGGGCAAAAAUACCAAAUCACACGCAUGGGGGGGGGUGGGGUGCGGGGGACAGGGGCAGGUCCUUUGCUUACAGCGAUAUGGGUGUCACCACACUGGUAUUUCAGGCAGCACGUGGUCAUCACCCAGUGAAAAGAAGGAUAUUAAUUCUGGGGUCAUAGGAAUGUGGCAACAAUUUUUCUACAACUGAAACAGUGGUUUCCCCAAGGCUUAGAAAAGCAAAGGAAAAACUCGAAGGGUCUGGCUGAACACUGACGUUCUCUCAUGUAAGAGUUGAAGAUGAUCGCAAGAACGCAACAUCAAGACAAGCUUUAACUCUACUCUGCUGAUUGAUACAAAAUAUGGUGAAAAACAAUUUUAAAUUGGGACACGAGGAACUUGUUUAGCACGACCAGAGUUAUAUAUACCACGAAGUCUUCACCAUGAAGCCAGUUCCACUCUAGCGGAGAAAAGAGAAGCAGUAAACUGCUGGGUAGGCGGGAAGCACUGCUACAAGAUGACCUUGUUGCACGGUUCUCCAGCGUUAGGACUUGUUUCUCCAUAAAUAUCAGACAUCUAAUCAAUGCUUUCUAGAGUUCUUUAACUAUAGAAACAAGAACAAUACAUAGAUAAUAAAACAGGCAUUGAAAUAUUCACAUUCUUGGGAGAACAUAAGCCUUGAUGAAAUCUGAAUUAAGCUAUCUUUUACAAAACUCGUUUAAACUGGUUGAAAGUACAUUACAACUCAGAUUUUAUACCUGCCUUGGGCCAGAAGAAUACAUUGCAUCAAUUAUGACAGUUAGUUGGAAACUGCUGAACAGUUGCUGACUCUGCACGUUACAGUUUACAGAGCAGAGCCUGUCCCCUCCCUUCAAAAGAAGGCAAAUAAAGCACUCAGAAGUUACCGGUCUCUUUUUAACAUAAUGAUGAAUGGAAUUGGAAGCAAAAACAUGGCUACUACUUCUCAAUCUAAGGAAUAAAAUGAUCAUACAGAACCUUUCUAUAGAAUGCAAGUUUUCUACUUCAUGCUAAGAAAGGAAGGAAGGACACUUCUGCCCAAGUUCAACACACAAAAUAUUUGGUUUGAGAUUUAAGACAGAAGGCACUUUGAACAAUCUGAUAUAAGAUGUUAACCAUAGAAACAUACUAUCACUAUUUCAUUUGGGUUUAUUCAGAUCACUUUCAAAAACUCUGCAUUUGGGUAGUUAUUAGAAAGAGUACUGUAUUUCACCUUGAGAUAUUUCUACCUUUAGUACUCCUCCCAGUUAAGCAAACUGAGCAGCAUGUCAGCCCUAAAGUUUACAAAUCCAGUAUCUGACUCUAAAACAAUUAAACUAGACAUCUGGUUAAUUAGUGUAGAAAGAAACAGGGAAAACACUACAGAGUUACCCAAGAGCAAUCCUACUCUGGAGCGACUGGGCUUAUACUGAUGAUUUCAAAGUCAAUACUGUUUGGUUGACUGGCACCAAUGUUAAGGAAAAUAAUCUGCAUGAAAAUUCAACUGUUGUAAGAGAUUUUACCUAAAAAUGCCAUAUUAAUAUUUCCAGCUUUUCUCCAAAGAAAUCUACCCAUUUUCCCAUCUUUAGUAUACUGAAGGCCUUGGACUUGAAAGUCUGGUCACAUGACUCAUUCUGUAAUGUUAUAAUUGAUCCAGUUUUAUGACUAGGUACAAGCUUGACUUGAAUGUCCAAAUUUAGUUUCCUCCUUUCAGAGGAAGGAGAUGAAAGGGAACCAAUCACCCUAUUAUUUUUGCUGUCAAUGCUAGACCCACAGCUCUCAGUGCUUUUCACAAGAUGCUCUGUAUGGACUUAACUAUUUUCACUAUUUCUUCAGUCAACGUUGAGCUGACAUUUCUUCAUUGCUACACUUCAACUAAACUGUACAGUAAGUUCUGCAGGGAUGGAUCCAAUAUUUCUACCUUUAUUUACAAAUAUCACAUGAAUGGAUUCUAGUUGAAUCUACAUGUUUAAAUCCAUCAGCUAAAAACAUUACAUAUUGUAAACAUGGCAAUAUUUAAUACAGUAUCUAUUCUAAAAUAUUUUCAUGUCAUGAUCACAUUUGUUAUAGCUGAAAUUUAAUUUAUACACAUUAGAGAAUUACUAGCAAUGGUUGCUCACUUUACAAUUGAGGGAAGGAGGCUAGGGCUACAUUUAUUAUUUCAGAAACAUCUCCAAAGUAAAGUUAAAGCUUGUCUUUGAUUGGCUCGGCGUAUCCUCUUUGUUUUUUUGUAUCCAUAUUUAAAAUGAAGAUUGACACAGAAAAUAGCUAGAGCCCCUUCUAAUUUACAGGAUUUUAAAAAAUCAGUUUAAGAUUCUUAGGGAAAGUGUCUGUUGUGAAGAAUUAAAAAAAAAAAAA